GUGAAAUGCAGACAAUAAAAACACUGGCGAUGCAGUUUCCGGCCCAGUUGUUCACUAAUAACAAAGAGAUGAAUAUUUUCAUAUUUAUUUUUACAAACCCUGGACUCAUCUAUCAGUGUUUGCCAUUGGAUUCUAUGCCGGAGCUCUUCGACGGAUUAGUUAAAUCAUCGACGGGUUGGCCCAUUAGUAUAGUUAUCUUAUUAGUGCUAAUAUAUGGCUGUCACGACUGGGUUAUCGGAGAGUUGCCUGACCCAUUUGUGUCGGCUCUGUAUGACGCGACUCAGAAGAUCUUCUGGUCGUUAGCCAUUUGUUGGAUUCUCUUCACUAUAACCGCGAACUCAGAGCACGAAAAGCAGACAAUUGUCGAGAAAUUCUUUUGCCACAAAUUCUUCAAAUUCAUGGGUCGUCUCACUCUUGUGGCAUAUCUUAUGCAUCCAAUUGUGCAGUCGAUGCUAUUGUCGAGCCAACAACAGCACCUCUACAGCUCCACUCUUCUUAUGGCCUAUGUAAUCAUCGUGAAGACCGGAAAACAGCGAAAGGAUCGGUACUACCAUUUGGCCAAAGAGACCGGUUACAGAUCGCGUGCGGCCUUCAAACUGAUCCAAUUGAACCGGAAGUUUGAGUUUCUUCAGCGCUCAAAGGUGUUGAUCGACUUAUGCGCGGCUCCGGGCGGUUGGCUUCAAGUGGCCCAGAAGUAUAUGCCGGUGUCCAGUGUUGUGGUGGGCGUGGAUUUGGUGCCCAUUAAGAACAUCCAUAACGUGAUCACCAUUCAGGACGACAUCACGACAAAGCACUGCCGCACAGCGUUGCAGAAGGAGCUGAAGACCUGGAAGGCGGAUGUUGUGCUCCACGACGGCGCCGGCAAUGUGGGCAAGAGUUGGCUGCACGACGCCUUCAACCAGAAUCGGCUGACACUGUCGGCCCUGUCGUUGGCCACGGAGUUCCUGAUGAAAGGCGGAUGGUUUGUGACGAAAGUGUUUCGAUCCAAAGACUACAACUCAUUGAUGUGGGUCUUCAAGAAGCUGUUCAACAAAGUUCACGCCACUAAACCUCAGGCCUCGCGUAACGAAUCGGCCGAGAUAUUUGUCGUCUGUCAGGGCUAUACAUCGCCCGACAAAAUUGAUCCCAAAUUCUUUGACCCGACGUUUGUCUUCGAAGAAGUGGAAGACGCGGAAGAAAGCGAACGUAAGAUUAAAACCAAUCUUUUAAAGCCGGGGAUAAAGCAGAAGAAAGCAAAGGCCGACGGAUACGCCGACGGAGACUACACGCUAUACCAUAAGCUGAAGGCAUCGGAAUUUAUUUCCAGUAAAAAUCACAUCCAAUUGUUGAGUGAUUGCAGCGAAAAGAAAGCAAAGGCCGACGGAUACGCCGACGGAGACUACACGCUAUACCAUAAGCUGAAGGCAUCGGAAUUUAUUUCCAGUAAAAAUCACAUCCAAUUGUUGAGUGAUUGCAGCGAAAUAAUAAUGGAUACGAAGGAGAUUAAAGAUCAUCGACUCACUACUCCUGAGCUAAUAGAGUGCUGUCAAGAUAUCAAAGUUCUCGGCAGAAAGGAAUUAAUUGCAUUAAUUGAUUGGCGAAAGAAAUUGAGAGCAGAUCUGAUUAAAGAGGAAAAGACAACAAAAGAUGAGGCGAAAGAAGAGGAUGUGAUCGAAGAGGAAGACAUAUCAGAAGUGGAUGAAGCCGACGGAUACGCCGACGGAGACUACACGCUAUACCAUAAGCUGAAGGCAUCGGAAUUUAUUUCCAGUAAAAAUCACAUCCAAUUGUUGAGUGAUUGCAGCGAAAUAAUAAUGGAUACGAAGGAGAUUCAAGAUCAUCGACUCACUACUCCUGAGCUAAUAGAGUGCUGUCAAGACAUCAAAGUUCUCGGCAGAAAAGAAUUAAUUGCAUUAAUUGAUUGGCGAAAGAAAUUGAGAACAGAUCUGAUUAAAGAGGAAAAGACAACAAAAGAUGAGGCGAAAGAAGAGGAUGUGAUCGAAGAGGAAGACAUAUCAGAAGUGGAUGAAGUGGACCGACAUAUGGACGAAGAGGCGCGAGAAUUGAAGCGAAAAAAGAGGAAAAUUCUUAAAGAGAAGCGAAAACUAAACGAAAGAAUGAAUUUAAAGAUGAUUUUGAAAAACGACGAAUUAAUCGAAGAAGAGUUGGAAUUAUUUCAGUUGAAAAACAUUCGCAACAAAAAACUUCUCAAUCAAAUCGAAGAAAUCAAUUUGAGUGACGUUGAGGUCGAUGUGGAAGAAGACAAUGACAACGGAGAGCAGACUUUCAAGAAGAGUGAUCGCGUUGUUUAUGACAGAGACGAUCGGCUGAAGAGUGCACACGAUUUUGACGACAGCGGCAAUGAAGAGGAAGAGGAAAAGAGUGAGAGCGAAGGCAUCGCUGACGAAGAUAUCGAAAUAGAAAACGAUUUGGAAAAUGGAGCCCAAGAGAGUGAUGAAGACGACGACGGUUUGGUCGUCGAUCUCAUCGAUAGUAAGGAAUCGAAACGAAAUAAAACGAAAAUGUUUUUCGAGAGCCAAGCCUUUACCGAAGAGAUGGACGACGAGGACGACGACAUCGAAUUAGAACUCAUUGAGAAUCGAUUGAAGAAUAAAAAUAAAAUUCAUGACAAAAGAGAGAAAAAACCAAAUAAACGGCAAAUAGAGGAAGAGAUUGAAGACAGCGAUGACAUGAGUUCUGAGGAUGAAAGCGAUUUGAGGCCAAAGAAGAAGCAAAAGAAUGUAAACAAAGCGAACGAAAAAUGUAAGAAAGACGUGAAACUCAAUCCUCAAGAGCUGGCGAUCGGAACUCUUAUGAUUAAGUCUCAAAAGACGAAACGAGACAUUUUGGACAACGCGUGGAACCGUUACGUCCAGGAAGACGACGAGUUCCUCCCCUCGUGGUUCAGGAAAGACGAGGAAAAGUAUUUCAGAAAACCUCUUCCCGUCACUCAAGAAAUGGUUAAAGAAUACAAACAACAACUCCGAGAGAUCAACGCCCGACCCAUCAAAAAGGUGACCGAAGCGAAGGCCAGACACAAGAAGAAAGCGUUGAUAAAACUAGAGAGAGCCAGAAAGAGAGCCGAAUACAUCACUAACGCUCCCGACAUGACUAACACCGAAAAGGCUCAACACAUUAAGAAUGCUUAUAAGAAGGCUCUGAAGGGCAACAAGAAAGAGGUGACUUAUGUGGUGACGAAGAAACAUCAGGGAAAGAGAGCCCCCAAAGGAAUAAAGGGUAGGUAUAAAAAGGCUCUGAAGGGCAACAAGAAAGAGGUGACUUAUGUGGUGACGAAGAAACAUCAGGGAAAGAGAGCCCCCAAAGGAAUAAAGGGUAGGUAUAAAGUGGUCGACCAACGCAUGAAGAAGGAUAAGAAAAACGAUAAAACUAACACUAAAGGCAAGAAUAAUAAGAAACCCAAUAAGAGUAAGAAUAAUAAGAAUAAUAACAAAUCCAAACAAAGACAAAAGCCAUCCAAGAAUAGGCGU